AUGGAAAUGGCGGAAUCUCUUUUAGAUCUCCAUCGCUUCGAGCAGAGGAAGCAGGAGUUUCAGAAUAUCCCUGUCUCAGAAGAAAUUAAAAAACGGAAUGAAAACUAUGCAGUAAAAUUGAGGAAAAAUAAAAGAGACUUGCAUUCAGCGAAAAGAAGAAUCUUAAGCUCUUUUACAGCUCCAUAUUCUGCAGUGAUGAACAGUGAUGCAGAUUUUUUUGAAAUUCCCAAAGAAAUUUGUGAGUUAUAUCCUGGUGUAAAUAUUGAGGAUUAUGAUUUUGACCAAAGACUUUUAUUUUUAAAGCGUGCCAUCAAUGAAAUUGAAGAAACACGAAUUGUUUUAUUAGGAUUAGUAGCUUUUAGAAAGCUAUCUCAGAAAAGCUCAAACAGUGUCCCAAUUUUAGUGAGCCUUGGUUUAGUAGAUAUCGCUUUAAACUUUAUUGACACAAAAUAUGAAGAACCUUUAAGGGUGGAAGCAAGUUGGAUAUUGUGUAAUAUAGCGGCUGGAAGAGAAGAUUUUAGCAAAUUUCUACUUGAACAGCCAGCAUUAGACAAAAUUUUUGGAUUGAUUGAUUUUAACUAUUCAGAAACUUCUCUCCACCUUAUUUGAACCCUUGCAAACUUAUGUUGCAGCAUGGUAGCUGCAGAAAAAUUGAUAAAAAUUGGUGUAAUAGAUGUUAUCUAUGAGUUAUUGGCAAAACCAAGGAAAAUACCCUUGGAAUUUAAACAAACUUGCAUAUGAUGCCUUUGCAACAUCACAAAAAAGAGUGAAAUCUAUGACCCUGACACUGUUGAAAGAAUAUUAGUAUGCAUCGGGAAUUCACUGAUUGAAGAAAAUGAUAAUUUAAUUGCAGACUGUUUUUGGAUUUUGGGAUGUCUAACUAAAACGGAAAAUUCAAAUAUUCGCUACGUUAGGGAUUCAAAAUAUAUAUCGCAAGCUAUUAAUGGCUUAAAAAGUGACUCAGACAAUGUUGUGCAGGCAUGCAUGAGGCUGAUAAAUUAAAUUAAGGGUCUUAAGGUCUUUCAGAUUUGAUGCCUCCGCAUGAUUGCCACCAUCGGACUUUGCUGACAGGGAUAGCAUAGGCUACCCGAGCCCAUCAGCAGCAAUCUUUUCCUAGGAUGAAGGGCUUGAACUAUGUCCCUGAUUUUUUGACAAUGUGGCCGCCAUACAGCAAGCCUAGGGCUAGAAUCAAAGGGCCUGAACCUUAGUUUAGGCUAUAAAGCCAUUUUGGUGUACAAAGUGAUGCGUCAUCGGUAAGACAUAAUUAGUCUCCACACCAUAUUAAUUAUUAUAUAUGAGGUUAAUAGGAAACGUUGCUUCAGGCAGUGUUGAAGAUUCUCUGUAUUUGCUUAAGCUAAAAGUACUAGACAGCUUAAUAUAUUUAGCUGAGUCUAAAUUGCCUGAACUUCUAAAAGACUUGUAUUGAACCUUAAGCAAUAUUGGAGCCAGUGAUGUAUUUCAAGCAUCAGAAAUAAUGAAGCAUGAAAUCGUACAUAAAAUUAUUGAAGCUUUGCUGCACGAAUAUCUAGAGGUAAAAAAAGAAGCUGCACAUACUAUAUCAAAUAUGCUAUACAAAGGAAGUAUGGACAUUGUGUUUAGGUUCAUGGAACUAGAAAUAUUCAAAACCAUUUCUAUAGGUCUAAAAGAAAAUGACCCGGAAUAUCUUUUACUUAUUUUAGAAAUUUCAAAAGAGCUGCUAGUUAGCUGUGAGGAAUUUGGAAAAAUAAAUGAAGCUUUGGAGAGGUUUAGGAGCUCAGGAUGUCUUGAAGCAGCUGAAAAGUUAAGCUCUCAUAAAAAUCCAUAUGUGGAAAGAGCUGUUGAAGAGAUUCUCAAACGAUAUUUUGAUGCUGAAAAUAUAGUACCAUGAGCCUCUGCGAUUGGGGGGAAUAGAAUAUCUUCUGAUGUUGAAGUGUUUAUCAUAUAA